CAAAGCCUAUUCGCUCGACGCGGUUCCAGUCGUAAGCGAGUCCCUUCCUCCUCUUCCUCCUCCCUUCAGGUGGUCGACUCCACGCCUCGUCCGGUCGCCGGCGUAUCGUGUGGUGCCGGUGUGGACGAGCACACUCAGGGUUCCUAUUCCAGCGUCGGCUCUGCCAAUGGACGCAAAGCGGCCUCCACAACGGAGCUCAACACUACAAGAUCUGUUAUUCGAUCUGGUAUCACGUGCUGUGCCUUACCUACCGCUUGUCAAUCUCACUUUCUUCCAUUUGACGAAUGUGUGCUUGUCGGCUAA